ACCUCGCCUCCACUAAUCCCCAAUCUCGCGUCGCCCCCCACCCUAAUCGCCGCCACCAACCCGAUCUGGCGAUCCGCCGCUGCCAUGGCCCGCUCGGAGCACCGCCUCGCGUCCGCCGUGGUGCGCCUCCCCGGCUGCUCCAGGGUCUCUGCGUCGCCCUCCCCGCGCCGCGACCGCCGCCGCGACCGCUCCCCAAGCCCCUACCGCUACCGCAGCCGCGAUCGCUCCGCAAGCCCCUACCGCGACCGCCGCCGCCAGUGGUCACCCUACCACCACGACCGAGGUCGGGACCGGGUACGGGACCGAGACUUCGACCCACCCGUCCGCGGUGGCGGGGGUGGGGGCGGGGCCUGGUCCGGCUCCGACGACGACGACGAGGACCUCAAGGGCCUCAGCUACUCCGAGUACCGCCGCCUCAAGCGCCAGAAAAUCCGCAAGGGAAUGAAGCGGUGCAUCUGGAACAUCACGCCCAGCCCACCUCGGGUCGAGGGCGACGAGGAGUACUACGGUUACAGCGACGAAGAGGAGGAGGAGAAGGAAUCCACGAAGAAGAAGGGCUCACCGGAGGGGAGCGAGGAGGAGGAGAGCAAGGAUGCGUCGGAGUCUGAGUCUGGUGAGUCAGUUAGCCAUUCCGAUGAUUCUAGGAGGAAAAAGAAAGGGAGGAAGAGCAGUAGUCGCCGUAGCAGCAAGCGAAGCCGGCGCCACCAUCGCCGUCGCUCCUGCGAUUCCGAGACAGAGAGCGAUAGUGAGAGCAACGAAGAUUCAGAGGGCUCAUAUGAUUCUGAGGACUCUAGGGAUAUGAAGAGCAAGAAGAGGUCGCGGAGGCACAAGAAAUCUAAGAGGAGGGAUAGGAGCUCAAGGCGGAAGAAGAGGAACAGCCAGGAUAGAGCCUCAGAACAAAGCUCUGAGGAGGAAGAUAAUUCUGGCUCUAGCCCGAGGGACAGUAAGAAAAAGAAUAAGAGCACAAAGAGGAAGAGGGGCAAGCGCUCUGACUCUGAAGAAUCAAUCCCUUCUGAUGCCAAUGCUGAUGCAAAGGAAGUUGAUGAAUCAAUGGUGCCAGAGAUUGACCCUGAAGCAAUCAAGUUCAAGGAAAUGCUUGAGGCCCAGAAGAAGGCUACCUUGGAGAAUGAGACGCCCGUUGGACCAAUGCCACUUCCGCGCACAGAAGGGCAUAUUAGCUAUGGUGGUGCACUGAGGCCUGGAGAAGGUGAUGCUAUUGCACAGUAUGUUCAGCAAGGGAAGCGUAUCCCACGACGUGGUGAGGUCGGUCUAUCUGCAGAUGAGAUUCAGAAGUUUGAGGAUUUGGGGUAUGUGAUGAGUGGAAGUAGACACCAGAGGAUGAAUGCUAUCCGUAUCAGGAAGGAAAAUCAGGUUUACAGCGCUGAGGAUAAGAGGGCGUUGGCCAUGUUUAACUAUGAGGAGAAAUCGAUUAGAGAGCACAAGGUUAUGGCUGACUUGCAGCGCUUGGUUCAGAGAACCAUUGGCCAUGAUGUGGGACCUUCACAUGAUCCUUUUGCCACCACGGAUGGCUGAGUAAUGAUAUCUGGCUCUUAUAUAAUGAAAUGGUCGCCUGUAUUCUUUUACCUGUUUGUGAUUCAUACAAUGUAAUUAGUGAUGUUGAGCCUUCCUACGUGCUGCACAUCUCUUAUGCAGAUAUUGCACGUGAACAGUAGUAAAAAACUAAAAAAGACCUUAUUGUUACCUU